UCUAAUUUGCUGGGGAUUGCAGUGGUACAUACAAACCGGUAACCAGCUGGAAUAUUAACCCGGGAAAAUCGACACACGUGUGCAACUUUAACUCUACAGUGCAGUGUGUUGUUUUUCGUAAAACUAAAAGACAAGUAGAGUUGGUAUAUCUGAUCACUAUGGCUACCAGUGAAUAUGAAGAAUUACGACAUCGAAACUUGGAAGACAACAGAGUUAUGUUGGAAAAGUUGAUGGCUGACUUGAAAAACCAGAUGCCGGUACCAGGAAGGAUCAAGCCAAUUAAGAAACCCAGAGACAUAAAAUCAAGGUCAAUAGAUAGCUCUGACUAUGAACCACGGAGAAAUCCUUCACGAAAUGGAAGAUGUAACCAAAUGAACUACAGUCCACCACGAACAAGAGGGCGACGUGGUUCUCUGUCGUCCACGGCUUCAUCAUUUUCAUCAGACUCUACGUCAGAAUCAGCUAGUUCCCUGCAAGUUAGGUUUGGCUUUUUCAACAAAGGAAGAAAUCAAGAGACAGGAGGAAAUGAUGAAAACAGUGAUGAGGAGUAUGAUAUGCCAAAAAGAAUACAUCGUGUUCAUCGUGACAAUCGGUCAGCUGAUGAAAUCACUGACGAGGAUUUAUCUAGAGUAGCAUUGUUUGUCAGUGAUAAGAGAUAUGAUAGUUUUUAUGGUACAACCUGCCAUCAAUGUAGACAGAAAACUGAUGAUAUGAAAACAAUUUGUAGAAAAGGUCAUUGCUUUGGAGUUAGAGGUCAGUUUUGUGGACCUUGCCUGAGAAACAGAUAUGGAGAAGAUGCACAGGGUGCUCUCAAAGAUCCUGACUGGAUAUGCCCACCUUGCAGAGGGAUCUGUAAUUGUAGUUUCUGUAGGAAGAGAGCUGGUAAAGCUUGUACUGGAAUCCUUGUACAUUUAGCCAGAGAGAGUGGGUUUAGUGAUGUCAAUGCUUACUUACAGAAUAGAAAGUCUAAUGCUGUGCAAUAUGAAAGAGUAAAAAGAAGAAAGUCAGACACUGCCAGUGAAGGGGAAGACUCUGAUGAUAUAAUAUCACAAGACGACUCUGCCACUGAACAAGAAGAAACGGAGGAGAAAGAAGAUGAUACAGAACAAUCAAUAGAUAAUUCACCACCCAAACUAGCUGUCAAAAUGUUUAAAUCAAAAGCCAAAUCGGAGUCAGCUGUUAUGACUGCACCAGAUAAUUCAUCACUGACAAGCCUGAAAUCACCUGAAAAGAAAACAUUUAAAAAUAUAUUUCAAGAGAAACUGGUUGCAGAAAAGAGACAGCCUAAACCAAAAGUUUUCCCAGAUGAUAUCAAAACAUCCCCAGUAACUAAGAAAGAAGACACUAAAGCUGCACCAAUAGUCAAAUCUUCUCCUCAAAUGACCAAGCCAAUAGAAUGGUCAAUAGGUGAUUGUCUGUGGUCAAAAGUAUCUGGACAUCCUUGGUGGCCAUGUAUGGUAGCUGUGGAGAAACAGUGUGGGGAUUACACAAAAAUGCAAGGUAGAUCUAGAAUGUACCAUGUACAGUAUUUUGGUGAUACUUGUGAGACAGGUUGGGUUUAUAGUUCCUCAACAAUGAAGUUUGAUGGCAAAAGAGCAUUUGAAGAGUAUGUUAUGGAAACUCUUCAAUGUGCAAGGAAAUCAGAAAAAUCAAAGCUGGAAAAAUUAUACAAAAUCCCAGUCUGCAGAGCAGAAUCAUUGAAUAUCGCUAUUGAAGAAGGUGAAACUUCACUACAGCUGGACAGACCGGCACGGUCACAAGAAUAUGCUUUUAAUUAUGAACCUAAGUCUAAUUUCAAAAAGGAGAAUAAACGAGAAUCCUUGGCUGAUAAAGCUAAAACCAGCACAAAGAAGAGAAAAAUUAGUAUGGAUAACAAGUCUUCUGUAGUACCAAAGCAUAAAAAGAUAAAAAAUUGUCAGUCUCAAGAAAACGUUCAGGAAAAGAGUCUUCAGCAAACAGAACAAACACAACGAGAAACAGAAAGGUUAGAGGAUAGUACAUUAUUAGGAACAAGAAUAGAUUCAGUAGAAAACAAAGACCAGAGACCAAUGAAUGAUAGACUUGUGGAGACGGACAAAGAAGAUAUCCAAAAUUAUGCUGAAAUGAUUCAAACUGUUAUAAUAAAGAUUGAACCAAAAGAUGGUGAUGACUACAACGAAGAAAAUCAGUUUGAAGAUGAGAGGGGAGUGUAGUAACAGAUAUAGCAGGAGAGUCGAAAAGCACCAUUGUAAAAUUGAAUAUGUUAUUUGAUUUUACUUUUAACCAUAGUUUAGCAAUUAUAUCUUUAGUUUUACUGGCUCUUUUUAAGAGUGUGAAAUCAUAUAUAAUUUAUUUGUAAACAUGACUAACUCUUAUUUUAUCUUUAGAAUUUUAAUUUCAAAAUUUAUUUUAUAAUAUAAAACAAUUUUUAAUCUGUAACUUAUAUUUCAAAAGCUAAUAUAGCAAUGCACUGUAAUUGUCCUUGAUUUUUUUUUAAAUUUUAGUGACUUUUUUCAAAUUGACCUAGUUGUUCAGUCAAUUUGAUAAUGGAUCAUUUAGAAUUGGUCUUUCUAAUAAUUUUAAAGUCUACAUGUUGGUAUGAAACAGAUUACAUUACCUUUUCCUGAUUUUAUAUUUAAUUGAUUAAUUGUAAGACUUUGUUUUAACGGAAUUUGCACCUAUCUGUUGGAUUGGUCUUGGAGCUACUUUAACCCUUAAUAUUUUUAUGUAUUCACUAUUUGUUCUGCUGCUUCCUAUAACAUAGUUUUCUUUUUAACAUUUAAACCAACUUAAUAAAUUUCACUAAGAAAAAAGAUUCAAAUAUACUUCCUUUUAAACUUCAUCAGUCAUUUUUUUCAUAGAUAUUAUUACCAUAUUAUGGUAUCAUUAGUGUUUUGUCUAUUUAUAUUUUGAAAGUAAUUACAAAUAGACAGAGGCUGUCGAGGAUAAGAAUGUUUAACAAUACUAUUGCUAUAAAAAAGCAUGAAUGUAGUAUUUACUGGCCAUGUUUCAAUGAAAUCAAUUUUUAAUGUCUUAUCUUAAUGUUCAAAUUAUCAUUGUUUACAAAUUUAUAACAUUAGUGCUUUAUGAGCAAACUAAGGUAAUAUAUAUCAUAUCAUUCUUGGCAAGCUAAAAUAAAUCCUCUGUUUCAAUUGAAAACUGUAGAUGUAGAAUGGCAUACUUUGUAUAAUAUAUCAAUACAUGCAUGGAGACAGAUACUUUUAUUGUUUCAUCAAUGAAGAUAUAACCAGUUGUGAGGAAAAAAGUAACCAUGUUACAAGUUUCUGAAAUAAAAGUAAAAUCACUAAAAUACCAAACUCCUAGGAAUAUUCAGAAUGAACAGUCCCUUAUCAAAUGGCAAAAUCAGAAGCUCAAACACAUCAACUGAAUGGAUAACAACUGUCAUAUUCCUGACUUGGUACAGGCAUUCCCAUUUACAAACAUUACUGACAUUUGGAAUGGUUAAAAAGUAAUAUUUACUAAUGGAAUGACUAAUAUUUUUUCUGUCUAUGAAGAAAUAACAUAAAAAAUGUGGUGCACACUGAAUAACGCGUGUAGCUGGUAAUUUAACAGUGUGUACCACCUUUUUUAUGUUAUUUUGAAUAGACAGAAAAAAUAUUACAUUCAUUUCUUAUAAUUUAAUUCUAAAUUCCAUUUCAAACUGUAGAAAAUCAUGAAAAAACGUUGAAGUCACGGUCAUAUUACUAAAUUAAAAUAACGUCAGCCAAUCAGAAGACGCGUUACAUCCAAAAUUAACUUAUAUAUAUAGAUUAUUGAAUGUUUAAUAUGAUCUUGUAAACAUCAAGUACCAUCAACAAACUAGCAAACAAAUACAAAAAAAAGUCUCUAUUUGUAUAUUAUUUGUAGCUUAAUGUCCAAAGAUUUAGACAUAUUAAAGCUUUUCUCCCAUAGUAAAACACAUAUAUAAAAUAGACUCUAUUGAAAUGAUUCACACAGGCGUUGGUUCACCUCAUGGAGUUUAACAUAUAUAAAAUAGACUCUAUUGAAAUGAUUCACACAGGCGUUGGUUCACCUCAUAGAGUUUAACAUAUAUAAAAUGUUUAAAUGGCCCUUAUAUAAAAUGUUAAAAUGGCUCUGAUUUAUUAGAACUUUUGUUUUACCAAUGUUUUAUAUAUUCACAUGUUCCAAAUUUUAUUCUUGAUAUGAAUUUUACUCUCUGUUUAAUUAGUUAUAGAUCUGUUAAAUAAAAAUAAACCUAAAUUUGUA